GAAAGGCGGCGCGGAGCAUAACGGCUUAUUUCGGAAACGGGACCGGCCGACGUGCCGAUGAUGGCCGGAACAAUCGCGACAGCCUCGACGUCAGAGAUGCAGGAGGUGGGUGAGUAGCGGCGCUCUCCUCUCGGCGGGAGGCGAGGGAGCGGCGCGCGGCCGCCGCAACAGGUUUCCCCGGGCACUCGAACGGCCACACGGGCCACGGUGCGCACGGAGUGCAGGACUUGCGUCGUCGUCGCCGUCGCCGCCGUCGCCGCCGCCGCACAAGGGGGAUAUACACGACGAUACGCGUGCGCGCCCAGCAUGACUGCACCGGGACAUAAUCGGCCAAAAUGGUGGCCCUGAGACGGGCCGCGGAGAGCCGUGAUUCCGGCGGCUGCGGGCUGAAGUCAGCAUGGAGACUCGGUGGCCGCACGGCAACGGCUUCGUCCACUUGCUGCUGCUGCUGCUGGUGGUGGCGGCGCCCAGGGGCCGGUCGCAACUGGCAGAGCUCCCGGCGCUCGGCUGCAGCUAUGACCAUGGCCAGCAGGCGCUCCUGUGUUCAAACACCACCCUGGACAAGGUGCUCACGUCGCUGCGAAUCUUCGGCACUUUCCUGAACCAGACGCUGCAGCCGCGCAGCCUGGCCAUAAGGGACAGCCAGCUGCCGCAGCUGCCCUUCUUCCUCGGACAGUUCAACCGCUCGUUGCACACGCUGCGCCUCGUGCGAUGCCACACGCAGCACGUCUUCCCGGACGCGUUUGCCGGCCUCGAGCAGCGGCUCACCACGCUCGACCUGUCCGAGAAUUCGCUGUACUCCGUGCCGUACGCGCUUGGCACGCUCCGCAGUCUCGAGGUGCUCAACCUGUCCCGGAACUCUAUCGCGGUGCUUCGGCAGGGCCCCGUGUUCUCGCGCUUGAGCGCACUUCGCGUGCUCGACCUCUCGGGGAACCUGCUCGGUGUGGACCCGCAGUUCGUGACGGGCGCCCGAGCGGCGGAAGGGGACCACGCCGAGCUGUCCAUGAAGCUGGCCGAAAACCUGACGGCGCAGGACUUCGACGUGGCGCCGCUGGCCGGCAGCCUGGAGCGGCUGCUGCUCGGCGCGAAUCGACUGGCCACAGUGCCCGAGCAGCUGCACCGAGGACUGUUCGCGCGGCUCCGGGAGCUCGAUUUGAGCGACAACGCGCUCACUACGCUGCCAAACUUCGGCGCCGCGCUUCUGCCAAACCUGACCGACUUCAGCGCGCGCAACAACCAACUCGAAGCGGUGCCUUUCUACAGCAUCCCGCCGGCAGAAAGCAACGUGGACCUGUCAGGUAACCCGAUGCGGUGCGACUGCGGGGCGCUGUGGCUGCGAGAGCUGCAGUCUGGACCGGCGCCUCGCGUACGGCUGCCGCCGUGCGCCAGCCCCGAAGGAUACCGGGGCCGCUCGCUGAGCUCCAUCACGCCCGAGGCACUGUGCUGGCACGGCAACCUGACGCGCCUCUACGGGUACCGCCUGCGGGGAUUCAGCGAGCACGCGCUGCUCGCGCUCACCAGCCUAGAGACCAGCCUCACGGUCACCUGGAGCGUCGCCAACAAAGGUCUGCGCUGGACGUUGCUGUACCGAAAGGAGAGCAGCAGCCCAUACAUGAUGACUGCCCAUCCUCGAGGCCGGGAGGGCACGCACACGACGGGCGACGAGGCCGUCUUCACGGACAUCAUCGGCGGCCUGCAGCCGGACACGGCGUACGUCGUGUGCGUCGGCAUCCAGCAGCAGUCGCCACCGUUAGUGCCGUACCUCAUGGACCCCAAGAAGUGCCACACCGGUCGCACCAGGCGCCAGGCGCAGCCCGCGACCCAGCUGCCCACGUCAGUAGUCACUGUCAACCUGCAGGUCACGUCACCGCUGCCGCAUCAGAAGAAAGCGCGUACCAUACUGCUCGCCAUGCGGUCUUCCGUUAGGUCGGUCACUGUGCGCUGGAGGGUGUCCGCCCUGCAAGGGCUUUCAAAGCGCUCCGUGCUCGCCAAGGUGACUGAAGAACAAGUUCUGCCACGCGAGUGGGUCAUCCUAGUCAGGAAGUUCGGAAGCCACAACUUCACGGAAAUACAAAUAUCCGACAGCAACGGCGACGGCAAAUACAACAGCACUUAUUCAUACACGGUUUCCGACCUAGAUCCCUCCACAGCGUACGACAUAUGCCUGAUAGCAAUGGAUUCCGUGCUCGACGACAAUAUGGAUCAAGUGCCCGGCUACACAAAGCAGGUUCCUAGCCACCUAUUGUCAGUAGCGAAGACAGACGACGGUCAGCUUACAAUGACCUGCAAGGAAACAACCACCAAGUCCGCCAACGAAGCUAUUCCAAUUAAAACCAUUGCGGUUGUAACCACAGUAUCGACAACCACCACAGCCGUUGUGGUGGCUCUUAUCUGCUGCUGCUUUCCGCGAAAGACUUUCGGAAACUGCUUUCGGAAAGUCAAAAACAAGCUGAAGCCUGCUGACGCCGCAAACCGUGGUACCCCAGAAAAGGACAACUCGUACCACAGCAGCGACAACUCUGUAAAGUUGCUAGUGCCAGUGCACAACUCGGCUUACGAAGACACGGAGCCAAUGGUCGAUUCCCGCCGCCAAACAUGCAACAGUACCAUCAGGUCAAGGCCCAGGAGUUUGCCGGAAGCACCACACACACCGCCGCCACCACGCUCCCCGCUCCCACCACCGCCGCCGCCGCCGCCCCCUCCUCCUCCGCCGCCACCACCGUCCUCGACACAGAAGUCCGCCAACUUGCAAUACUCACCGUGGGAGGACCUGACCAUAACACGCAAGCCACCGCGACGUGUUAAAUCGGAGCACUUCGCCAAUUCUGUGCCCUAUUUACAGCCAAAACAGACAACGACGCAAUACGCCAACUACUUGUCAUUGACGAAAAGCCACUCGACCAACGAAGAAGGCGCUUACAUGACGCCAACUGCAGCGUUCGCCCUGGGACAGGGCUACCUCAACUCGAAUUGCAUCCAGUACCUCGACGGGAAAAAAGUGCAGGUGUACUCGUGCGGCUCUAAGACACUGCCCAAGAGUUGCCUGCGGUCGUCAUCGCGGAAGCGGCGCGCCAAGGCGAACAACUUCUUCCAAAGCAGGUACAGUCCCUCCGUGAAGAAAAAGGAGAGAGAAAAAACGCCGCCACCCAUCCCAAGGUCGUCGACCACGCCUCGAAGGGACACAAUAGGCAGGUCGAGCCAGAGGCUCAGCUUCCGGACGUUCGGCAAGAGCUCCCGGGACGAGGGGGAGACCAAGACGAGCCAAACCCUCCCGCGAACAAAGACCGACUCGGCGUCGCUAUUCGGUCCCGCGCCCGGUGCGAGCGUCAGGUCUUCCAGCAGUCGGCCGGGUACCGCCAGCGACUGCGAAGUCUUCAUCGAGCACGUCUAGGCCACCUCGUCGAGACAUUCGCUCCAAGACAAUGGAACGAUUCGCCAGCGUACACGCCGCAGAAAAACAAUGAGCUCGGUGCGAAUCACGCAGUCUCGAAGGGCAUAAACGGGAGUGGCAGUGGCAACUCAGCACCGUGGCGGAUAAGCGGCCGAGUUCAGUGACCCUGUGCGCGCUCGCAAGCUCAGGCACGACGGAGGUCCAAGUGGUCGCGGAGGCCCAGCUACGCGCACAUUCGUCCCAGUCCCUGCGACGUCGCACGUGCGCGCCUAGCAAGUGGACGUUUCCUGUGAAUGAGCUGGCUGCGGGUCUGCAAGGAAUAUACUUUGGACAAUGCGGGUCUACGAAGGUGUUUAUGCCAGCGACUGUUCCAUGGACAAAUGCCGAGUAAUUGCUCCACAUUGACCUGAAUAUCUUUCAUUCCCAUGUGACGGACCAGCGCGUACACACGCAGUUGAUAGUAAUAAAGUAUGUGUGUGUGUUUUUUUCCCCUAAAACAGCGAACCAUUUAAGAGAUUUCAUAGCGUUGUUCGGGCAAGCAAAGGACGCAUGAAAGCGAAAAUUCGCUUAGAGAGAGAAAGCACAAACAGGAAACGCAAGGGGAGGUCGAUCAGAUUAGUGUCCGAAGUUUAAUAUUGCUCUUCAAAGGCGCUCUUGCCCGCCCAAUUGAACCCGCAACAUCAGCAACCGCGCAAGGUGCUAAGUGACCACGCGGAAGACGACUAUAGAGAACACGUGUAAAGGACGACGGAGGAUCAACUGCAGGUGGGGGAAAAAUAAUGCAAUACGUCCUAUACUUUUACAGCAAUAACCUCAUGCUUAAGAGUACUAAUGUUUACUAUAAGGCUAUGUUACAGAAAACGUAAGCUGGUCCGGACAAUUACAUUUCCACAGCCUUUGCCGAAUAUGACCAGACCACUUUUCCCUUGAUAGACAGCAUUCCGCUGUCCAAUCAAGUCCGCUGGGGCCUUUGCUGCUCCUAAUCCUAUGCGUACCGUACAACGCUGUGAUGACGGUGCUCACCAUAGCAUCUACAUCACCUGUAGAAACUCAUGUGGCACUCCGAAUAACGCUGCGGUAACACGAAGUGAACCGAACAACUUUAGCACGAAUUGGAUGUUGAUAUAUCCCGCUCAAAUAGUUUAACAAAUUUUCAAAACUAUUUUAAGAGCGAGCGAGAUGUAAUCUCGAUAGCGAAGGAGAAUGCACUUUUCCUCUGACCAAUGCAUUUACGUCAAGUGCAAUGUGUAGGGGCUGCCCAUUCACUGGCCUUCGCUAUGACAAGUGUUCCGACUAUUAUUAAAUUUAAAUGAAUGAAAGCAGUGCCUCCUGAUAGAAGACUCAAACACGAAGCGACGCUCGGAUCUGAGGAAAAGAAGACCGCAGGCCACAGAAAGGGGGAGACGUAGUGACAGGGUCAGCACCCGGCAAACCGCAUGCGCGCCACUCAAGGACGUUUUCGAAAGCAGCGGAUGGAAUGUAUGCAUCAAGUUGCGUGCGAUGCCACGAAAGGUCGUUGGCGAUCUUCGCCCACAUUUUGUUCCUCUGAAUAAGCGACGGAACAGCGAGAGACUCCAACAAAUCGAGACGUUUGCACGUGGCACUCGCAGGCGACAUAAUUUGGAGAAAAGAUAAAGGUAUUGCAUAAGAAAAUGCUUUCCAAGGACCGGAAGGCUUUCUUGAGCGUACUAUAGUUCUUAAUUUUUUUGCGUCAUCCUUCUCUUUUUCUUAUUCCCUGGCAUUCAUUGCAUGGCCGCAGAAUAGUACACCUAUCCACCUAAAGGUGAAACACUUGCGAUGCCCACGCCCUUUCCUCGUUCAAGAUUUUCCACCCCUUUUUGAACAGUAAGACCCACCAACUGGAAGAUGGAACUGCUAAAAUGUCUUCCUGUGCACCCAAAACCUCCACCAACUAUACAAACAUUAUUUAUACUGGAAUUUGCAGGCCAGCAAGAGCUACGAUGACAGCAUGGUGCAUUGUUCGAAGGCUUCACCGGUAUCCGCGCGCUGAGCGUUAUGAUGAGGCUAAAGGGAAGUUUAACUUAGAACGCGAAGUAUUCAAACAUACUAGGGAGACAAUUAGGUAUAUCUUGACUGAAGGCCAUUAGCCAUCUAAAGGUAGAUAGAAAUGUUGCCGGUCUUCAUGAUGCCUCAGGCUUUAAAUAUAUAGCAGUGGGAAAAUAAAUAUCGACGUAUUGUACGUAAGCAAGUGGAGAUUAGAAAUUUACUGGCGGACGAGUAGUUGAGAAACGCCACGACAGGACGUUCAGUAGGUCGUCAUAAUGAUGCAGACGUAUAUACACAUCUAAUUGGUGAGGCUUGGCACGCUGAACGUCAAUAAAAGAGCAUUAGGCACUUCAACAGAAUAUGUUUGUUGGGCUACAAACAGUGAAAAAUGGCGACGUCAGACGCCGUAACUUCAUCAAUGUGACGAACUGGGCGAGUUAUGUGAAUUCAUUGUUAUGAAGAGUGCGAAGGUCAAGUAACAGCAGCCGGGUUCCCCAUUGCUGUUUUUGGGACGAAUAUGCUACAGAACCAUCCGCAAGACUAAGCAUAACGUCUAUAGGAAUGCCGCGGAGCAGGCGGCCGACCGAAGAGGCAAAAAAAGUAGCCUUUCUUCCGUUUAUGCGCGUUGUUUUAGGCACAGAUUGAAAAAAGAUUGCAAGCACGCCGCGUUUAGUGCACGCAACGAGUUAUAAAGGGCAUGCGCAGCAUGCGCUGACAAAAGUUGGCACACGCACUGGCGUAAGCUCUAUGAGCAACAACAUCAAUAAUAAUAAUAAUAAUAAUAAUAAUAAUAAUAAUAAUAAUAAUAAUAAUAAUAAUAAUAACUCCUUCAUGAAUUUAAUUCUUUCCAUACCGCUAGAAUUGUGCGUACUUGCGGUGCUUUUACAUCUUAUCGUUAUAUUUCAAGACGCAUUAGUUGCACCGUAUACCGUCAUACACUAAAUUGUUUCCUGAUCAUUGGUCUUUUGAAUGAAAGUAAAACUGAAAUUAUUGCUCAGAGAGUUAUCGAUAAUUGUUAUGUGAAACUUAAAAGCAGCACCCCAAGGUGCAUGAAUGAAAGUAAUUAUUUGCCAUGUUUAGUAUAAGUACUGAGAGUAAAAAAAAAAAAAAAAAAAAA